ACCUAACCAAAAAAAAAAAAACGUUACAUAAAUCUCAGUCGUUUGGCGAUCCAAAACAUUUAACAGACAAAACAACAAUAAUCAAAUAUAAUAAUAAUAUUAAAUGCAGGCAAAGAAAAACAUUCAUAAUCAAAUCGAAAGCCUGAACAUUUUCUCUUUCUCCUCUGCUUUUAAUGGCUAAGCCCGAAAACGACGACGUCUUUCCCGAGAAACAAACAUGGGGAACAUGGGAAGAGCUUCUCCUCGCCUGCGCCGUGCACCGCCACGGCACCGAGUCCUGGCUCUCCGUAUCCGCCGAAAUCCAGAAACGGACUCGCAACCUCUCCUCCCUCACCGCCUCCGCCUGCCGCCACAAGUACUCCGACCUCAAACGACGGUUCACUCAAGAAAUGACUUCACCGGAAUCAGAGAUCUCAUCCGUCCCUUGGCUGGAGAAGCUGAGGAGGAUCCGAGUAGACGAGCUCCGUCGCGAAGUCGAGCGAUACGAUCUAUCCAUCUCGUCGUUGCGAUCGAAGGUGAAGAGAUUGGAAGAAGAGACGAGCUCGGAUCUAGAUAAGAACGAGCUCCGCCGCGAAUCGGAUCGCGACGGCGGCGAACUGGUCCCGAUUUCGCCGGAUCCGGUAGAUAUUAGCUCGGUGAACGUGAAGAGAGAGGAGGAGAUGGCCGGAGGAGGAGAAGCGAAGCUGGCCGGAGAUGAUUCGUGUAGAGGGAGCUGCGAGAAGGAGUCGGGAGUUAACUCGGAGCGAGUUGAACCGGGGAGAAGGAACGAGCUGACUCAGUCGGAGGAGACGAGUGACGUGCAGAGCUCGGCGAGCUUGCCGAGGAAGAGAACGUCGGAGAUUGAUAAGGAGGAUCAAUCGCCGAGCGCCAAGGAUUUCAAUCUUGAAUCUCAGCCGUCGAUUAGUUUCGUCGAGAUGCUUCUGUCGCAUCCGUGUGGCUACUUCUUUUCGCGCCGACUCGAAACCCAGUUACAGGAAACACCAGAGUACGGUAAGAUUAUCAGACAGCAUGUAGAUUUUGAGAUGAUUAGGAAACUUGACGAAGAAGGAUUGUACAAAAGUUCGAUGACCAAAUUGUUCCGUGAUUUGCUUCUACUUAUCAACAACGCCAAAGUUUUUUAUCACAAGGGCUCUUCUGAGUUCAACUCUGCAGAGCAGCUUCACCAACUCGUCAAGAAACAGAUGGCUACUACUCUACAGAGAGAGUUACCACCACCGAAAGAGAAGUCCUUGGAGUUAGUUUCGUUUAAAGAGGCUGUUGCAGUCACUUCAAAGCCGAGAAUCUCUCUCCCUAUUGUAGCUUGUGGGAAACGAAGCUCCUUGGCUUCUAAACCUUUGCUUAUGAUAUCACCCUCUGGAGGUGACAAGAAAGGGAAGAAGACAGAUCAAGUGGUUGAUGAUGAGAAGCUUGUUUUAUUGAAGGAUGAAGAAACCUCUGGGAAAGAUGACGAGUCUCUGGUUUUGAGGAAGAUGGUGAGAGGAAAAACCUCUACGGCUAAAAAAGUAGUAGCCAGGAACGUCAAGAACAGUGGUUCCAGCUUGAAUGAGGUUAAGACAACUGAUGAAGAGAAGAAGGGUAACCAAAGUGGUAGCUCGAAAAGGAAAAGCGUUGCGGGUUUUCUCAAGAGAAUGAAAGGUAGUGGUUCUUCUUCGUCUGAUACAGUGGUCGAGACAUUGAUGCCAAGCUCUGAACAGAAGAAGAACAACAUCCGCAAAGCUGAUGCUAAGAAACGAGCAACAGGGGAGAACCAAACAAAUGAAAAAGCAAGUCCUGUGAAGAAGAAAAACAAUGGUCGAGCCCUGAAAAGAGAGGCUGUUCCAUCUCCAUCUUCUUCUCCCUCUCCUGUUGUUGCUAAGCGAAGCAGGGAAUCUGGUGAGAAGAAGGAAGCUUCUUCUUCUCCUUCUUCUACACGGUCGAAGAAACGUGCAAGGAGGUAAUUAGUUAUAUUGUACUACUUAAUUAGCUAUAUCCUCUGAAGAACAGAGCUUUUGUUUUUGUUUUUGCUAACCAGUUAGAGUAUGAUGUUGAUGUAUAAUUGGGGAGUAUGGCAAAACAUUUAUCUAGUUUGGGACCUCUUUGUGAUUCUCUCCAUCUCUAAAUCAGUAAACAACUGCAAAUUAUGUGUUUA